AUGGCCGAAUCACAAAACUUUGCCAAUGUCGUAUUUUCGACCGGUCAAGAAGAAAUAUUAAUUGAAGAAGUACGUAAUAAUCCUGCAACCAUGUUGCUAGGUGGUUUAAUAAUUCGAGAUGAUGAUAUUAAAUCCGAUCAAGAAAUCUUUAAUGUACAACUUGUUCAACUUUCUGAACCAAUUAUCAUAAAAGAUGAGUCAACAAAAAUUGUAAAAAAUAAGAACGUUAAGUCAGAAUCUAACGAACUCAACAAGGAUUAUCUGAAAAAGUACAACCAAGUACUUGAUGUAAUUUUUCCUCCGAGGGAAUGGGAAGAAAACGGAAUAACAUGGCGCCAAGUCACGUCUAGGAAACCUCCAAGUCAAAAUGAACAUUUAAAACUCAAUGAGAACUUUGAGUCACAAAUAUCAUACUGGAAUAUUCAGACGAAAGGACUAACCCCGAUCCGAAAAGAGCUGUAUGGACAGUAUUUCGAUGAACAGAUACGACAAGUGUAUUUAAAUGAUGAAGAAAUGGGUGAAUUAUUAAUGAGAAUAAGAAAUGAACUAAAAAUAACCGUGGAAGCUUACAUCUAUCAUUUCGAAAAUGGUGUCAUGUUCAGUGUCAGAAAAUCAAAAAUUCAUGAUCAAGAAAUGAAUGAUAUAGAAAUGGAUGUAAAAACUUUGAAAGAAAACAAUUUGUCAUUGGAAAAAAAGUUAGUUAGUACUAACAUUACUCUCCAAAAUUAUGAAAAAUAUUGGACAGACCAAUUAAAUGUACUUAUAGAAAAAAACAAACUAGAAUUUCAAUUCUUGACCAGAAACCAUGAGGCAUUACAA